CUCGCACGUGACUGACGCGUAACUAGUUUUCAUUGCCUUUCCGGAGCUCGACGGAGGGGCGACAAAUCGCCCGGCCCCUCCCAUGCCGACCGCCGCCGGCUCGCCUUCCUCUUCCUCCACCGACGCAUCCCUCUUCAUAGCCACCUCCGAUACCGACGAAAAUAUCAUCGCCGGCGGCAGCGGUGGCGCUUCGGGGGCCGGCGCGGGUCGGGCUCAGUCAUGGUGGGAGUGCAUCUCCAAGGCUCGCUCCCGGAUCCUCGACCUCGCAUCCCUCCUUUCCUCGCCGGACCUCGCAUCCAUCGCCGACUCUGACCGCCCCGCUCGCUCGCUUCUUGAAUCCCAGGCCGCUGCCGCCGCCAUCGCCUCAGCCCUCUCCUCUCCUUCAUCCGGUUCCGAUGACGACCCCUUCUGCAACUGGCUCUACGACACAUUGCAAUCUUCCGAUCCCGAACUCCACCUGGUCGCCCUUUCCUUCGUCCCGCUCAUCUCCGGUCUCUACCUCUCCCGCGUCGUCGCCACCGGGGCAGCCAACUCCCCCUCCCUCUCCGGGUUUGAGGCAGUACUCCUCGCCCUCUAUGCCGCCGAGGUCAAAGCCCGCUCAGGGAGGCCCGUCCUCGUUUCUGUUCCGGACCUAUCCCUCCCCUCCCUCUACCACUCCCCGGGUCCCACUGCCCGGCAGCGACAGCUACCUCCCGCUGCCUGGCCGCCUCCGAAGCCCUCCGUCGGCGUUCUCUCUCCUCCUCUCGAGCCUCAGAUCGCUGCCAAGUCUACCAAACGAACCUCCAUCGUUGCGGUGGCACUGGAUUCUUACUACAAGAGCAUCUCCUCCAUGCCCAGCCGCUCAAAGAUCGACUUAUGCGAGUUUGUCUCUGCCUGGGCUGGUCAAGAUUGCUCCUGCCGCUUUGAACUCGAUGACGACGAUCCAAGUCCAUCCUCGGCCCAGUCCUGCCUCUCGACGUCUUUCUCUUCGUCACCCCGGGCUAGGAUUUCUGCUGAGGUCAACGAAGGAAUUGAAGGAACUUCAGAUGCGAUGCGUAGCUUAGCACUCUGUCAAUCUCCUAACGGCAAUCACUGUAACAGUGAGGAGGAAUGGAGCAGAUUUACGAGGAAGGGUUCAAGGGUUCCUCUUCCUUGGGAGCUGUUGCAACCGAUCCUGAGGAUCCUGGGGCACUGUCUUCUAACACCUUCGAACCCUCAGGAGGUGAGGCAUUCGGCAUCGAUGGCAGUGCGAUGUGUUUAUGCUCGGGCAUCACAUGAUCUCCUGCCACAGGCUAUCUUGUGUUCACGUUGCUUGAUUCAGCUAGAUAACAGUACAAGGAAAUCAACCAAAACUGUAUCUGGCAGUCUAUCCAAAGAAACAAUUCAUCAUGGUUAUGCUAUCAUUUAGAAUUGGUUGAGUAGUUUCUUUCAUUGCUCUUUCAAGCAUCAAAUUUGCUAAUGUUGGUAAGCAUCUGGCUAGUUAGUAGUUCUUGUGAGAUUGUCUUACAUGUUGACAACCAAUUCUUUGUUCUACCUUGAACUUUAACGAUCUAUUUCUAGUA